UAAAUCGAGAGUGAUUGACGUUAUUGUAAUAAAACUUUCCAAGAACAACAAUUGAAAAUAUCACUUUAGGCCAAAAAGAAGUAAAAUCGGAUCAUUACUUCUUCCAGCCCCUAUAUACCUAAUAUAAAGAAUUUCAAACUUCUGCCUAUCGCCUAUAUCUCUAAAUAUGUAAGAUAUCUUAUUGGAAUUCAGAGGAAAUCUGCCUGGAUCCGGUAUUCUCGAAGGAGCCCGUAUUUUUCAAAAAUUUAAGUGAAUAGUUAGAAAUUAGAAUGCUUUUGAUAGAUAAUUAAUUCGAACAUUUAUUUAAACAUUUUGAUUACAGUUAAAGGAAUGUUUUCUCGAGUUUGUAGAUUGUCACGAAAAAGCCGGCAAAGUUAUUGCUACUUUAGUUUGCAAAACAUUGGAAGAUAGCUGUGGACAUGGCUACGAUAAUGAUAGUAAUAUUAGCAGUAAAUACUUGUAUGAAGGAGAGUAAAAUCUCUCCCUCUGUGGGCACCCCACAUGUUGAAUUUGGUUGAAGUCGACUCGGUAGAAGAUAUUGAGUGUCAAGACUUUUCCCAAAUAUUUGCAUCGUUUUAAUACAGAUGUGAUGAGAGCAUAAAACACUACGUUGUAUUUGACUUAUUCUUUAAAAACAUGGAUGUAGUAAGUGGGAAGAUAGUUAAUAAAGUUUUAAAGUAUUAGAAAUAUUCCUACAGGGAGGGGGCCCCCACCUUUUUAUCCCUGGGCCCGGUUUUUCUCUCGGCGCCCUGCGUAUAUAUCCACCUACAUAUAUGUAUGAUAUAGGUAUAUUAGUAAAGUUAGGUGAACGAAUAGUUUUGGAUACACUAUAGUCUAAUACCGAAAAUGUGUGAAAUUGGUCCACGAAUUACACCAGCUCCCACAUAAUGGAUAUAAUGAUUUUCGUUAGUCUAGCAGACUUUGUGCCCAAUAUGUCGGUCAGUGGGAAUUAUCUUUACAUAAGUGCGUGCAAACAUAUUCGCAAGUAUACUUGAGUAUUGUCAAACGUUAAUGCAACCAGUUCAGAGCUUCCCCUAUCUCCAGUAUACUCGAUUUAGUGAUUUUUUCCAUUUUGACUUUUCAUCUGACCUUAAAGCGUUUAUGCUGGUCAACAUAUGUGGAAAUAAGUGGACAAAUUUUCUUAAAAAUAAUGAGGUUUAUCGCUGACUAUGAAUCGAAUUGAUCCAGACCUUGGCUAAAAAUCAUAUCGCUAAUAUAAUAACUUCCUAUAAUUCGAUUGGAUUUCUUUUUCGGGGACUCCUCCACUAGCACUAGCUCAGCUCUAUAUAUACGGUUUCUGAUUGGGUGUCUCUAGAUUUUUUUUAUUGUUACUUUAUUGUAGAAUGAGAUUUUUCUGAAUCUCUUUCAAAUCUUAUGAUUGCACUGAAAUUGUUCAUGACGGUUUGCGUGUCCGUAACUUCAUAUGAGAGGAGUUUCAGUAAAUUAAAAUUAAUAAAAAACUAUUUGCGGGCAACAAUGACCCAAUCGCGGCUUUGCUAUCUUGGUAUCGGUCGCGGCAAUACAAAUUAUAAAUUUCGAUGAGUUUGCAGCUGCCAAAGCUAGAAAGAAGAAAUUUUAAUUGUAUAACAAUUCCUUUUCUGUUUUAGUUAUUAUUGCGUUUUGUUAUUUCUUCAAUAUUAUAAAUAAUAAAUGAUUCAUGUCCUUUAUCAUACAACAUUUAUUGCUUUUUACUUUCCUUAGGGUGACACCACCAACUUCCGCACCGGUGCCACCCAAGGUAGGUACGCCACUGGCGCAGUUAUUAAAUAUAGCCCCUUUGGUUGAGUUUAUAUCACAAACAUUUCAUUUGAGUUAAUGAGCUGAAUUUUAAUAUAAAUAUUUUUGGAAAAGCAAAAUGUAGUAAUGAAGUUAAGUGAAUCAAUGAGCUAUAAUAUAUGUAUGUACAUAAGUUAAUAAGAUACCAAAUUUGAUUGUAAUCCGUUCGGUUUCUUCAAAUAAUGCAUAUUGAAUACAUGUGCAACAUUUUUUAAUUUUCCCUGCAUUGAUCUUCCCAAGUUCCGAGAGUAUCAAAUGUUCGAUUACAGCCAAAUUUAGUCCUUCCUCACUUGUAUAAUAUAAAGUUUCGCAAACAGCUGAAUAUUUAAAUACUUUUAUUAUUAACCCUUUAAAAAAUAUGAUAUUAACUGUAGGAUGUGCCGGACGACGGAAAUAAGUAUUUUGCUGAUUUUUGAAUAAUAAAAAUGGAUAGUUCAGCUGUUUUGUGGCAACUUUCCUCCUAUUCUGACUACCUAUAUAUAUUCCUAAUCCCCAUACAACAAUGACCUCUGUACCUAGGAUUGUAUUUUCGUGUUAUUUUCGAUAAUUGUUUGAAAUAUCAUAAUAAAAUGAGAUGAAAAUAUAAAUAUUAGAAAUGCACACAUAUCCUAAAUUCUUUAAAAAUAGCUUAUCUUUGAACGUCUUUGUCUCAAAACUGCAUUUUGGCCACAUUAAAACUCGACCUACCUAUAUUUUAGAUUGUAUGAAAAAUGUGAUUUUGAGGGCCAAAAAUCAUCAAAUUUUUUCAGCAAAACAACGAAAUUUGUUUCAAAGUCUGCCAUUUUGGUAGGUUACUGUAUACCAAAAUGUUUAACACUUCAUACAACAGUAUCUCUACGUUUUGUCGACAGUUUCACCCACUGCAGUUUAUCAAAGUUUUUUUUGUCAGGUUAUAUUAAUUAUCAUCACAAUUUUCGCAUAUAUAACAUAUAUUUACGUAUUAUUUAAAAUUAUAAUUGUUUGGUAUCAUAAGAUUAUCUUAUAGUUUAACAAUUUAUGGCUUAAAUUAUAAAAUUAUAAUAUAAAUUAUAUAUAAACGAUUAUUAUUUGACUAAACAAACUGUAAGCUUCUCCACAAUACGAAAAAAAAACUUGCUUUAAAAAUAAUUAAUAUUCAUUGAAAAUAUUUACUAUAAUCUUGGACCAUAUAAAAUAUGGUGAUUAGUUCUAGAAUUAAGGUUGUGUCACCACUUUAUAUCAAUCAAAACUUAAUACUCUUUAAAUCAUAUCCACAUAAAAUUGCCGAAAAGAAUGUUUAUGGACAUUCCGUCCUACUUAUCAAAGAUUAGAACCUAAGAUACUUUCAUAUGUUUAUUCUUUGAAUGAAUCGACAUGAUCAGCUGACAGCUGUCAAAUAGCGCGCCUCUCAAUGGUUAUUCCCGGCGAAAUUGUGGUUACGGCAGUGAGAGAGCAUCAUCUUUGUCUUUGCUGUUUGCAGCUAAAGCCGCUUACAAUUUCUGACUCGGUUUUGGUUUUUUAAUAUCGUCGCUGCUUUAUUCCUGAUAAAAUAUUUAAAUUCGUUAGGGAACAAUUGGCAAAAGUAAAAUUUUAUAAUUUGAUCGAAUGAGGAAUAUUUCCUUUGCUAUUGCUAAAGUGUCGACGAAACAUCUGAUACCAUUUUAUUUUUGUGGUGUUAAUUGUGCUCAAGUAAAAGUCAACGCGUGGCUGAAAGGCUUUGGUUAUGUGCUAGGUAUUAGUUAUAGCAACCUGUGAUUUUCGAGUGGCAGUUUUGGAUCUUGUUUCAUGAUGGUUUGGGAAAACUAUGAAAAGUAAGCAGCCGUUUAAACAUUGAAUGGAGCAUUGGCACUAGGAGAAAUUCAACAAAAGUCUCUAGUCCAUAGUACUGAAAUAUUUGUUAGGAAGAUAUAUUGUUUUUGAUUGAUCUGUCAAAUAUGAGUUAUAACAUGAACACAUAUUACAAAAAGGUUGAAAAGGAUCGAAGUAACAAAAUUUCUACCGGAAGUCCUACUCAAAGGGAAACAACUAGUAGUCAUAAAAACAAAAGUGGCCACAAGAGUUAUAAAAUGCAAAAUACCUCAAAGCAUCGUCAAAGCAAACUUCCAUAUAAUAUAGAAAAUCGUAGAAAAAUUACAUCAACUGAUGAAAACUCUAAUACAACGCCAAUGUGUGCAACGUCGUCUUGGUUUCAGCCACCAAUAUCGUCGAAAUCGUUACAAUAUAAAUCCUUGUUAGAGGGCUCACCGUCAAAGUCUACAGUUACAUCAUUGAAAACUGCUGAUAUAUCAGUGAUUGAAGCAUCGUCAACAUCACCAUCAUCGUCGUCCAUAGAUUCGAAGUUGUUACAUGGCUGGUCUCCAGUGCCGACUACAUCUACAGAUACCUCGCACUGGUUUGCUCAAAUUAAUAAUUGUAGGGAUACCACCAAGCGUAAAAGACAGGAUUCGGUUAAUGAAGCGCAACAUGAUCCUGACCUAGGCUGCGAUCUACCGUCGGCUAAGCGCAAACAAACGCUACCCUCGCCAUAUACAAGUGAUGUAAGUUCUGUGGCGUCAUCGGUGUAUCCGUCGCCAAUUGAUGGGUUCUCUCAUGAAAUCGACACGCGCAGUUCUUGCGACUACCUCUCAGCCGGCACCGACUUUGAGGCCACCGCGGAUUGCAUACCCGACAGUCCGAGCAGUUUACGUCCAGACGAUGAAGUCAUCGACGUGGAAGAUGACGAAAUUGUAUCUGCAACAACAUCACCAUCUUCGGAAUGCUCGACAAGUUGCUCCAAAGAUCCGCAUCACUUAUAUAAAAUGCACGCCGUCACCCAAUUAGGAGAACGUACCCCUGGCCAAAUUACUCAAAACACAGGCAAAAAUAUCGAAACAAAGUUGGUUAAGGCAUAUGAUGAUGACUACACGGGCACACCAUAUAACUGUAUGACACCGGCAACGGAACCAGACGAGUUGCGACAAUGUCCGUUACCAGCAUUAAGUUGGGCAAAUGCAUAUGAUGUUUGGCAAUUAAUGUGCAAAAAGGACCAUCAAGCAGCCUUCUUACGCUCAGGUUCAAUGUUGGAACGACAUCCCAGCUUACAGCCGCGUAUGCGUGCCAUUCUGCUUGAUUGGUUGAUUGAGGUUUGCGAAGUAUACAAACUACAUCGCGAAUCCUACUACUUGGCAGUCGACUACUUGGAUCGCUACCUAAGUACGCAAAAGAAUGUACAGAAGACUCAUCUGCAGCUGAUUGGCAUAACUUGUCUUUUUGUGGCUGCGAAAGUUGAAGAAAUAUACCCGCCCAAAAUUGGUGAAUUCGCCUAUGUGACGGAUGGCGCAUGCCAGGAAUCGGAUAUAUUGCAGCAUGAAGUGUUGCUGCUGCAAGCGCUCGAAUGGAGUAUAAAUCCGGUUACACCAAUGGGAUGGUUAGGUGUCUACAUGCAAUUAAAUGUGAAUAACCGUACUCCGGCGUCGUUUAAGCAUAACACGUACAAAGCCAAAUCAACGGCGACAACAGACGAGGCAGAUAAGAACGAUGCCUUUAUUUACCCGCAAUUUUCAGGAAUGGAAUUUGUACAAACUGCGCAAUUAUUGGACCUAUGCUCACUGGAUUUGGGUAUUGCCGACUAUGGUUAUUCUAUUAUUGCUGCUGCGGCCAUGAGUCACACAUUCAAUAGAGAGGUAGCGUUGCGUUGUUCGGGAUUCGAUUGGCAAACGAUUGAGCCAUGCGCGCGCUGGAUGCGACCAUUUUUCGAAGUUGUGCGCGAAGAGUCUACUUACUUGCCCAUGUUGGAGCAAAAUGAACAAUUCACAAAUCGUUUCGGUUUAGGUCAUAUUUGCCCCAAUAUUAUAACCGACGACUCGCAUAUAAUACAAACGCACACAAUAUCAAUGGAAAUGUUUGAUCGAACUGCACAAUUACUAGAGCUUGCUUUUGCAACUAAAAACCGCACGGAGGCCUCUCCAGCUACAGGUUUAUUAUGCCCAGAUGGUUUGUUGACGCCGCCGGCGUCUAGUCGAAAACCGGUCGAUGCGACAGAUGUCGACGAAGAUCCUGCUCCAACUACUGUUCAACGGAUAAAAAGUACCACCGCUAAAACACGUAAAAACUCUUUAGCCAAAUCUACAAACUCAGCAAUCAAAGUUGAAGUCAGUGCAGAAAAAAAUGCUCUAACGUAAUCCUCAAGUAAAAUAAUACAUAGUUUGUAUCGAAAAACCCUUAUAAAAAUUCUAAUCAAGUAAAUUAUUCACAAUAUUAUAAAUACAAUAUCCUACGUUUAAACGUUUAGCAAAAUUAAAUUUAAUUUUAGUCAUUAAUGUAGUAGUCAAAUAAAAAAAGAAGUUUUUUUUAAUGUUUCUAAGGCUUAUGUUUAAACUACUAAAAUAACAUGUAAAUAUUAAUUAUAUUAAUACACGCUGAAAGUAAGUUAAUUAGCGAGCCGUUGAUAAUUUUAGGGAUAACUUUGCUUGCAACGUUUUUAGAGAUUUAAUGAUUAAUGUGCCGUUUUUAGGUGUUAUUGUUCAAAGUAGCUGAUGUCAUUAAUAUAUCAUAUACAUAUCUAAAAUUUUAUGGUGCAUAGCAAUCUUAUUUUAAAACUGCAGAAAAAUAUAAAAGCAUCCUGUGUGGAAAUAAUCAUUCACAUUUCCCAGAAUCAUUCGUGCAUAACUAUGAAAAAUAAAUAUACUAGCAAUUCAUCGCUUCAAUAUAUUAUAUUUCAGGCCAACAUUUCUAUUACUAACCCACUAACAUAGUUUGUCAUAAGUUGAGGGACACACAUUUUCAUCGCCUUUAACCGCCAUCCAGCACGGCAUAUCAUAUAACUACAUAGUCAUAAUUGUAUUGAAACAUUCCAAAAUCUACAUUCGAUGAGAACUUUCAAAUUUGUAAUGUUAUAUUUUCGCUUCAUAUUUCAUAAUCAUACAUAUAAAAAUACCUUUCCAAUUUUAUGUCAUACAUAUUAUGCAACCAUAUUUUGUAAAUCUACACAAGCUAAUAAAAAGUGCAUAAAUAAAAGGCUAUAAUAAAAAACUGAA